AUGUACAAGGCAGCACCAUACCAGCAAUUGUUCAGGGUUGCCCCCAGAGCCCAAGGACAAAUCGCCGAGAAUGGCCGGCGAAUCGGCGAGCGAAACAACCAGCUCUAUUUCAAGCCCAACAACUCGGCUAAUAAGAUGAGCAUGGCCAUGUAUCACAAUAGGAAGGCUUUCGUAAUCUUGCCGGUUCUAGCAAAGGUUGGAAACCACUCAUAUCAUGCAAGCACAUUCGAGAAUGAUGAUCAAAUCUCAUUUUCCAUUGUCCUCAUUCUAGCGCUAGUGCGCCUAUAUUACAGUGCAUAA